GAAACGCGGCGCUCGCGUCGGCAGCUCCACAGUUUCCUGGAAGCGGAACGAAUGAAGUUUAUUUUUCACAGCUGCUGAUGGCGGAUGAUGUUGAAACAGACGCCAUGAAGAAUUAUAACAUCGCGUUUGAGAGGAUAGACCCGAGCGCGAGCCGCUACCCCUACUGUAUCGUAUGGACGCCGAUCCCCGUGCUGUCGUGGCUGUUUCCAUUCAUUGGUCAUAUGGGCAUCUGCACCUCCGCUGGAGUGAUCCGGGACUUUGCUGGGCCGUACUUUGUCUCAGAGGACAACAUGGCUUUUGGAAGACCAACAAAGUAUUGGAUGUUGGAUGCAAGUAAAGUAUACAUCAGCGGAUCUAACGCCUGGGACACGGCCGUUCACAAUGCCUGCGAAGAGUAUAAACAGAGAAUGCACAACCUAUGUUGUGACAAUUGUCACUCGCAUGUUGCCAUGGCUCUGAACCUGAUGCGCUAUGACAACAGCACAUCGUGGAAUAUGGUGAACCUCUGUCUGCUCGCUCUCAUUCACGGCAAGCACGUCAGCUGUGUGGGAUUUCUAAAGACGUGGCUGCCAUUCUUCAUUUUGACCAGUGUCAUUCUGUCUGUGGCCCUAUCUCUUAACCUGCGGUGACCUAGCAGGGUCAGGUAGAGCUGGAGCGGUUGAGGUUGGAUGGGUACAAAGCCCAGCGCUCUGCAAAAGACCCACUUUUCCAGCUUAAAGUGGGACUCCAAUGAAUGUCAGCGGGCCAGAGGUGGUGCCUACAACCCGGUUCAACUCUUCAAUACAUAGAGGAGCAUAACUUUUAAAUCUAAUGCUAGGCCUCUUUGUCAUAGGGUAGAGACAGCGAAUACGCCAUGCCUUCAGUGUCUUGUGGUGAUGUAUUCUCUAAAAAGUCUUCCAAAGGCAUACUUUGGUGUCCCUCUUGAAAGUUAUGGUGCUCAUUUAUUGUUUGGUUACAUUUUGAUCUCUAAACUAUAAUUGCUUUUUAGAACAAAUAACAUUUUAGAUUUGAAAUGUCAUAUUUAAAGCACUGGACUAAACAUUUCUAAUUAUUAUGUUCUCUAUUAUGAACGCAGUAUAGCAUAGAGAAAAUGCUUUGAAAUACAUUGGAAAUUGAUCUCUUUUAAAAUUCCCAUGAAUAUGAACCCUCUCAAUAUGAACUAGUUAAACGUUUAAUAUUUAGCUUUAUUUGGGGAUACUUCUUUAAUUGUCUUUAAUUGUCUUCAUUACAGUGCUUGGCAUGCUUUCAAGUGUAAUUUGUUCUAUUUUAUAACAAAUAUAAUUAUGUUUGGAGGUUUGCACUCGAAAACUUACAGUUUAUUACUGAGCAAGGUCUUGUUUGCGUUGUAUAUUUAAGAAGCAUCCUUUCCGACAAAAUGCAUAGUUAGCUAUUAUUAUAUUACAUAGAUCACUUUUCAUGUCAAAGCGAAAUUCGCAACCUAUUUUUUUACUUCUGUAAUGUGAUGCUGAAAAUGUAGCCCAUUCGAUUUUAUACACCAGGGACUGAAUGCAUCAUGACAGUUGUGCAAUACCAGAAUAGAAUCUGAGGGCUUAGGUGGUCCUGCUGAAUAUGUCAACAAGUCAUUACAUUUAAAUGAAUUGCGUUUUUUUGAAUCGUGGAUAAUUAGACCAAAAGUAUAUUUUUAAGUAAAAAUGAUUCAUGUUUAUUUAAUGUUGAACGCAUAGUUGUUAAAAGGGUUUGUAGUCUAAAAGCUAGCCAAAUACAGAAACUAUUGUUUGAACUGUUAAAAAUGUUUCACAGAUUUUGUUUCGACAGGGAAUAUCAAAUGAAAUGCUGCAACUGUUGGUUUUAUUAAUUGUGUGAUGUAAAUGUGUGUUCCAUAAGGUCAAGGGUUUGUGUAAUAUUUAUGAAGAGACACGCAGACGCGGGUACAUAAAAGGCAAAUAACUGUUUAAUUUGAUACUAGUUAGAUUGCAUUUCCUCGGUGUCUUUUAACUUUUAAUUUAGUUUCAAACACCAUUCAAAUAAACCUUUACCAUGAUUCGGACACAUACUUUGUUACUAUGGCUCCUGUGUCUGAAUCAAAUCCCUCCAUUGUUUACGCUCAAACAGAAAAAUCGCUGGGCCCAGUGCUUUCCACAUUUUUCUUUUUCACACUCUCCCUCAUUGGAAGUAUUGCCAAGACCAGCAGGUAGCCAAGUAUCUUAAGCUCUUUGGAGACGCUCACUAAAGAUCUUCAGAUGGGCUGGUGUGUGUGAUGAGUGUGGCCCCUGCUGGUACCGGCUAGAGCUGAUCACACUAGAGAGACGCUGUGAAAUAUCAUUGGAUUUCACUAACAUUCUUACCAACGUGUUUCCUGUCUUCAAAGGCAUGAAGUGGAUGAUCAGAAGCAACUGUUUUGGUGUUUUCAUUGCAUCCCAGACUUGGUCUUUAAAAUGGACAACAUUCCCCAGGUUAAUGUAUUGUAAAAAUUUUAUUAAUUCCCUGAUGGAAUUUUUCUGGUACGAUAUAUACAAAGACACCGCUGUUUCGAAGCUAUACCAGAUCCAGGAGCUAGCUAGACUAAAUGUUGGUCUGUUGAUCAACUUAUUUUACUCUCUAGAUGUAAUUUACAUCCAGCCAGUUGUUACAAAGUAAAUCCCAAAAGCGUGGAUAUUUUGAUUCCAAUUGGGUAAUUUGUUGCCGUGAGAAAAGCGACAGUCAAUAUGAUUUCUAUUAUCUACUGCUUUUUUAAUAAACGUUAAAAAAAUUGAUCUUCA